UGUUGGCGGUUCGUUUUCUCCCCGCGAACCUCUGACGCCCCGUCGCCAUCGACGGCACCCCCGUUCCCUUCUUCCUCCCCGUCUUCUUCGUCGUAGUCUUCUUCUUCUUCUUCGGUCCCGCGGCUCGAGUAAACCGACGUCGUGUGUCCUCCGGUACGUGUUUUCCGCCCUUCCGUCGCGCUCGUUUGAUCUCUACUCGAUGAUCUCUACUCGCAGGUGAACCUGAAGACCUCGAUACUUGAUCUCGCGAUCCGCUGCCUUUCAGUUACACCCCCGGUUCAUACGGUGGAAGGCUUAACUUGUUGUGAGGCAUGCUCGCCUGGUGUGAUUAGAUACGUGCACAUCCCGUUCCUCCAGGGGAUCAAAUCGUCCGUCGGCAUUCAUCUGGUAUACUUCUAAUCACGAGACGAGGUCCAGUCUGGAUCCCCGCGCAGACGGGGUGCUGUGGUGAUGUACGACAGCACAAGCUGUUCGUACGCAGGGGCGCUAGAUCUGAAGGGGGCUGGAUCUGGCACGGCAGUCGCCACCGCCGGGUCAGGGGUCAAGCAGGAAAACUGGCCUUAUCGGGGUCUCGCCUGUGGAAGCACCUUUCAGCAGCUCAAACAGAGCGUCGAAAAGGCCAAGCAAGCCUUGGCUGAUCGGGGCGGAUACCUGGCCGGCGCUUUCUCACCCCCACCGAGGGCCAAUUCUGCUGCCAUAUCACCGACCACUUCCAUCACCGAUGCCAGCAGUUCGUACAAAGGCGGCUGGAGUCACGCCGCUUCACCAGCCCCUGGCCAGGGAUACGGCAGUAGUCUUUCAAAGUCUACGCUCGACACGCAUUCGCACCUCAGACAACCCGGAGUAUUUCUCACGGUCGACAUAUUUUGGUAUGUUCCAGAUCCGUACCAAAUGUUCGGAGCGACCAGCAGUCGUCUGGCCAGUUCAGGCUCGGGGCAAAUUCAGCUGUGGCAAUUUUUACUGGAGCUAUUAUCCGACUCGAGUAACGCUGCCUGCAUCACGUGGGAGGGUACCAACGGUGAAUUCAAACUGACAGAUCCGGACGAGGUUGCCAGGCGGUGGGGCGAACGGAAGUCGAAGCCGAACAUGAACUACGACAAGCUUUCGAGAGCUCUCAGGUACUACUACGACAAGAACAUAAUGACGAAAGUUCACGGCAAGAGGUACGCCUACAAAUUCGACUUCCAAGGUUUGGCGGCGGCGACACAACCGGCGGCCGCAGAUCCCGCGGCGUACAAGUACCAGAGCGAGCUCUUCAUGUCUGGCUAUGGCCACGCGAAAUUGAACCUGAUGCCGCCGCCGGCAGCCUCGGUCUCCGUCUCGGUCCCCGGGGGCCUCUUCCAGUCGGCCUCGAGCUACUGGUCGAGCCCCGGGGCGAACCUCUACGCCGGCCACCACACGGCGAGCGGCCACGUACCUCCGCACCUUGGUACUUACCCCCAUUACACAUGACCCACCGCCGAGCACUGGGGCGCUCUUGGAGCCCCGCGCUGAUUGUGAGUCGAGCCCUUGAUGGCGCCGCGCCACGUGCCGCAGUGUCCUACCCUGUGCUGUGCCAUACCGUGCCAUUGCCGUGAUAACUCAUAACCGCCAGUCGAACCUGCACCCUUUCCACCCUUUCCACCCUUGGACCCAUCCCCUCCCCAUCCUCGUUUGUUCGUGCAGAAAAUUCCCCCACCCCUCCGACAACCACCGAAAAAGAUCCUCGAGCCGGAUCUUGUGCUGUGUAAUUGUUAUACGUAUAGUAUUACAUAUAGUAUUAUAUAUAGCUAUAUGUAUAACGUGCAGACCAAAUCUCUGCGAUCGUAUGUGCACGCUGUAUGAUAACACAGAGACUUCGGCUUCUACACGCGAUUCACUCGCGAUUGUAAGGACGAUUUAAAGACUCGUUAUAUUUUACUGCGCUGUACUACUCUGUACGCGUGUAAUGCGUUACCAGUGAGAAAUUACCGACGCAACGUCUUGUAAAUACACAACAAAAUCUCUGCAGCGCCGGGAUCCGACGGACGUCGUCGACCGUCGCCCCGCGGGCAUCGCUAGUCUUAAGUUAUUAUAAAUAUAUUGUGUGUAUUAUAAAGUCUCUUUAUUUAUUUCCGUUGAUCGUUUGUAUACCUGCAAGGGUGAACCGUCGUUCGGUGUUCUCAAAUCCGAGGGCUGGUCGGCUAAUCGCGUAAACGCCUGUACCGUGCACUCUAAUUCCGCGGUUCAAAAUUUUCAAAGCCAAAAUGUAUAAUUGAAAAAUUACACAGAAUCACCUUGUCGUUUUAACGAAAAUUCCUAACGAAUCAAUUCUCUGCUCCAUAUAAUGUUUCACCUUUUACACGAUACUUCUGUAUUAUUGAUGUUCAAAAAAUCGUGUACAUUUUUUUUUUAUGCAGUCCCGCGCGUAAUUUCAACAGGGUCAGAAGCAUGAAGCUUGGACCUGCAAGAACCAAUAGGUAUUAUAAAAACACUACGAAAAAUAUCGAGCGACGUGUUCACUUCUGAAUGAUAAGGGAGAAGAAAAAAGGAGAACAAAGAAUAGAAGGAAAAUGAUUAAAACAUACCUCUGUCAACAGAAAACAAAAAAAAAGAAACCAAAAAAAAAAAUCGUAAAUUCUAAGUCGUAUAUUGUACCAUAUUACUACCAUAAGUAUAAAGUGCGUAAGCAUUAACGUCAUAAUUA